ACUUAUAUUCCUGAGGACCUAUCCAGUUGUCCAAAAUUUGGAAAUAAGUCCUGUCCUCCCACCCUUUCCACGCCCUAGUGAUAAUGUAUUCGGUUAUGACUGGAGCCAUGGUCCUCACAAUCCUUGGAAACUUGGUCAUAAUGAUUUCCAUACCGCAGUUCAAACAGCUUCAUUCUCCCACAAAUUUCCUGAUCCUCUCCAUGGCAACCGCUGACUUUCCGCUGGGUUUUGUCAUCAUGCCUUACAGCAUGGUGCGGUCCGUGGAGAGCUGCUGGUUCUUGGGGGAUGGCUUUUAUAAAUUCCAUGCAAGCUUUGACAUGAUGCUAAGCCUGCCCUCCAUCUUGCACCUUUGUUCCGUUGUUGACCGAUUUUAUGCUGUGUGUUGCCCUUUGCACUACACGACCACGACGACCUCCUCCGUGAUCGAGCGACUCCUGGCCCUUUGCUGGUCGGCUCCUGCUCUUUUUCAUUUUGGUUUAGUUCUGUUCGAGGCCAAUGUUUCUGGUAUGCAGAGCUGUGAGAUUCUUGUUGCUUGCUUCAAUUUCUGUGCUCUUACUUUCAACAAAUGUUGGGGUAGAACACCAUAG